AUGAGCGGCGCUAGCGACCCCGAGCGGGACCACGCGCUUGAUGAUUAUAAAAGGAGCUUGUUGGAGCUACGAGAAUGGGAAGCUAAGCUAAAAUCACUGCGGAUGGGCAUCAAGGAUCUCCAACGAGAGUUUGAUGUUUCCGAGGAGAACAUCAAGGCGCUACAGAGUGUUGGUCAGAUCAUCGGCGAGGUGUUGAAACAGCUUGAUGAAGAGCGAUUUAUUGUCAAGGCCUCAUCGGGCCCCCGUUACGUUGUCGGCUGCCGUUCAAAGGUUGACAAGGCCAAGAUGAAGCAGGGCACCCGUGUAGCCCUGGAUAUGACGACGCUUACCAUUAUGCGAAUGCUGCCGCGCGAGGUCGAUCCUCUCGUCUACAACAUGUCUUUGGAGGACCCCGGUUCAAUCAACUUUGCUGGAAUUGGUGGUUUGAAUGACCAGAUUCGAGAGCUGCGAGAGGUUAUCGAGUUGCCGUUGAAGAACCCAGAACUCUUCCUGCGAGUAGGAAUAAAGCCCCCCAAGGGUGUCCUUCUCUACGGUCCUCCGGGUACCGGUAAAACACUGCUUGCCCGAGCCGUGGCGAGCUCCAUAGAAACAAACUUCCUGAAAGGUGUGCAUGAGUUAUCAUUAUCCCUUGUUCUACCGUUGUUUCCCCCUGCUAAUGCCUUCUUUCUCUGCCUAGUUGUCUCAUCCGCGAUUGUCGACAAGUACAUUGGUGAAUCCGCCCGUCUGAUCCGAGAAAUGUUCGGCUACGCCAAGGAACACGAACCCUGCAUCAUCUUCAUGGACGAAAUCGACGCUAUCGGAGGUCGCCGUUUCUCCGAAGGAACAUCGGCAGAUCGAGAAAUUCAGCGAACACUGAUGGAACUGCUCAACCAAUUGGAUGGUUUCGACUACCUCGGCAAGACGAAGAUCAUCAUGGCUACCAACCGACCCGAUACCCUGGACCCGGCUCUACUGCGUGCCGGUCGUCUGGACCGCAAGAUCGAGAUCCCUCUGCCUAAUGAGGUUGGCCGUCUGGAGAUUCUGAAGAUUCACACAAGCUCCGUCGUCAUAGAGGGUGAUAUCGAUUUUGAGAGCGUGGUUAAGAUGAGUGAUGGGUUGAAUGGUGCUGAUCUGCGUAACGUGGUGACUGAAGCGGGUCUAUUCACCAUCAAGGAUUACCGUGAUGCCGUUAACCAGGACGACUUCAACAAGGCGGUGCGGAAGGUUGCUGAGUCGAAGAAGCUCGAGGGCAAGCUUGAAUACCAGAAGCUGUAA